AUGCUGUCCGGCGUGCUCAUCUUCAACCAAAAGGGCGAGAACCUCAUCUUCCGCGCCUUUCGCAACGACUGCCGCCCUCGCCUUGCCGACGUCUUCCGCAUCCAGGUCAUCUCCAACGCCCAGGUGCGGUCGCCCAUCCUGACGCUGGGCAGCACCACCUUCAGCCAUGUCAAGCACGAGAACAUCUACCUGGUGGCCAUCACCAAGAGCAACGCCAAUGCCGCGCUGGUCUUUGAGUUCCUCUACCGGCUGAUCCAGCUGGGAAAGGGGUACUUUGGCAAGUUUGACGAGGAGGCCGUCAAGAACAACUUUGUGCUGGUCUACGAGCUGCUAGACGAAAUCAUCGACUUUGGAUACCCGCAAAACACCGAGACCGACACGCUCAAGAUGUACAUCACCACCGAGGGCGUCAAGUCCGAGUCGCGCCCCGAAGACACGUCCAAGAUCACAAUGCAGGCCACCGGCGCGCUGUCGUGGCGCAAAGCAGACGUCAAGUACCGCAAGAACGAGGCAUUUGUCGAUGUCAUCGAGGACGUCAACCUGCUCAUGUCGGCCACCGGCGCCGUGCUGCGAGCCGACGUUACGGGCCAAAUCAUCAUGCGCGCCUACCUCUCCGGCACACCCGAGUGCAAAUUUGGCCUUAACGACCGGCUUCUGCUCGACAACGACGGGCUGCUGAGCCUCCCCAGCGGCAACAAGAUGGGCACCAAGGCCACCAAGGCCGCGGCCGGCAGCGUCACGCUCGAGGACUGCCAAUUCCACCAGUGCGUCAAGCUCGGCAAGUUCGACUCGGACCGCAUCAUCAGCUUCGUGCCGCCCGACGGCGAGUUCGAGCUGAUGCGCUACCGCGCCACGGAAAACGUCAACCUGCCCUUCAAGGUGCACGCCAUCGUCAACGAGGUCAGCCGCACAAAGGUCGAGUACAGCAUCGGCGUCAAGGCCAACUUUGGCUCCAAGCUCUUCGCGACCAACGUCGUCAUCAAGAUCCCAACGCCCCUCAACACCGCCAAGAUCACCGAGCGCUGCACCCAGGGCAAGGCCAAGUACGAGCCCAGCGAGAACGUCAUUGUCUGGAAGAUUGGCCGGUUCACCGGCCAGAGCGAAUACGUCCUGACGGCCGAGGCGCUGCUGACCAGCAUGACAAACCAGCGGGCGUGGAGCCGGCCGCCCUUGAGUAUGAACUUUAGCCUGCUCAUGUUCACCAGCUCAGGCCUGCUGGUGCGCUAUCUAAAGGUGUUUGAGAAGAGCAACUACUCGAGCGUCAAAUGGGUGCGGUAUAUGACGAGGGCAGGUUCAUAUGAAAUAAGGUACGUCCCCCCCCCCCGGACCUCGGCCUCCCUACUAUGCUAA